AUGUCGGAAGUGGUACAUAAUGGCCCGAACAAGUCGCAGUCUGGGGCACAAAAGCUAGCUCAUGCUAGAGCGGUUAAUGGCCCAGACACAAAAGGGGAUAUCAAUGGUCACGGCGACGGAGGCGGCCUUAGAAGCCUCAGCCAAUCUGCAGACAGCCCUGUUCAUCAUGACAAGAGUCCACAGCAGCGCAAGAAGACCGGCUGCUGCGAAGCAUCAGAUCAAAUAAGACAGCAGGCGCUUGCUACACCAGGACUGGGCUGUUCUCGUAGCGUGGCAAUCGUUGGGUACCAAAGGCCCGCGUCGUGUCAUUCCAGCGGCAGACGUGCUCUCACCAAACGAGAGCUACAAGAGGCUAUUCUGCUCCCAAUCCGUGCUGUCGACAUCUUAGGACAAGACCUACCUGUCGAGGCGAUCCAAGACACGGGGUCAAAGGUUUCAAUGAUGGUAGACUGGAUGGCUGAGGAAUGGGGAGGAGAGAUAACAACCCUUGACAAACCCAAAAAACUGACUGCCUUGGGCAACAUCACUAUUGAGUCAAGCCGAGUUGCUCGCAUCCCGAUCAAGACACCUUGCUGGCUCGAAACAGAGCCGCCGGUCGUGAUCAAGUUCUACCUGUUUCCCGAGCACAAGCUUCCGUACGAGGCCUUCUUGGGCCUACAGGACACCGCAGACCUUGGUCAUGUCAUAAUCGUGCACUGCAUUGCCUGCGCAAAUUCGAAAGCGCACACCGGUUAG